UGGCACAUGGAGGAGAAAUGGAUGACGGAGGAAGACCAAAUGACGAGCACCGUCUUUGGUCGCAGCGGGGUUUUCAAUCAGGAGACACAGGAGAACGUAUUCGGAUACGACAUGAACUCGGCAAAGACGCAUGGUGAUCGGCCGGGUGAUAUUGCGGCCUUUUCGACGGCGUCGCAGGAAGGAAAACCAGUCAUGCAGGGCGAGCGUAAGGACUACAGUCCCACCGGCAUCUACGCCGACCAUGAGGACUUUAAGACACGCGACGUGUGGGACUACAACAUCAGCUCCGAGAUGCGCUCUCUCUUUGAUACAUCUGUGGACGCAAAGGAUGCCCACAGUCUCAACAUGAUGCGCAAGUCGUUGGAGAACAUCCGCGCCCAGCGUGCUAUGGAGAAGAUGAAGGAGACAGUGCUGAAGAACCCCGGCCGCUCUGAAGAUCCACUGAACGUUGGCGGCAUGGGCCAUUAUAAAGGAGGCAACGACGGCGCUGCUUUCGAUCCUGCAGCAGCGGAAGAGAAUACAGCAGCAGCGAAGCGAAAACGGGAGGAGGCGGCAUACCACGAGGCCCUACGCCGCCGGCAUGGCAUGAAGGCGCGUCCAUUUGGCGAUGAGGACCUUAGCGGACUGUGGGAAAAACACUAG